CCAACCGGGUGAUGCACCAGAAUUGCAGAAAACUCAACACCAAAACUCAGAGGUAUUUCCACAAUCGCCAUUAUCGAACCCUAAAUCGAGACAGAGGAAGGAGAGUGCGAAUGAUACCCUCACUCUCCUGAACUGCUACUCCAUUCUUGUUCAUGUCGAGCUCCAAUUCCUGCAUCCACUGCGGCAAAAGAUCCUUCACACGGGACGACACCACCGGCGAAUUAUUCUGCUCCUCAUGCUCCGCCGUUCAACCCUUCGACAAUUUCGAAGCCCAAAUCGGCGGCAUCAACGGCCCCGUCGGCACCUUCAUCCGCGUCGGAACCGCCGGUGCAGGCAGCCAUUACUCCUACAAAGACAGAAAACUCUUCACUGCCAACACCACCAUCGAGGAGUUGACACAUAGGUUAGGGUUAGGGUCCAAGACUGUUGAUGUCAAAAGCAUGAUAUCUCAAAUCACUGAGGGUGAGUUUGGGAUGGGGCAUUGGUUUGAGGUUUUGAUUGGUGCUUGUGCUUAUGUGAUUAUGCGGAAGGAUGAUCGCCCUCUGCCUAUGGCGGAGGUCGCGUCCGCGGUUGAUUCGGAUGUUUAUGAGCUCGGGAGGAUGAUACUGCGUGUUAUUGAUUUCUUGGGGUUGAAGAGACCUGAUUUUCCUGAGUUUGACAUUGUGCAUUCAUUGGAACGGACGCUCAAGAAUUCUCCCAGUUUUGCUGAUGUUGAGGGGUGGACGUUGGACCGGAUGCGGAAGCAGGGGGUGUUUUUGAUUCAGUGUGCGGUGAAGUGGUACUUGAGCACCGGUCGCCGGCCGCUUCCAUUGGUGGUUGCGGUUUUGGUUUUGGUGGCGGAGUUGAAUCAGGUUGAAGUUCGGAUGGAUGAUUUGGCUAAGGAAGUUCAUGCUGUGGUUUCCACUUGUAGAACUAGGUACAGGGAGCUUCUUGAGACACUUGUGAAAGUUGCACAGGUGUUGCCUUGGGGAAAGGAUAUUACCACUAAGAACAUUGUUAGGAAUGCGCCGUUUGUGAUUCAGUAUAUGGAGAAGAAGUCUAUGUCGAAACCUGGUGAGAAGAGAAAGAAUCUUGAUCAGCCUAGGUUAGAUUUGGCAGAUGUUGUUGCUGAAUGCUUAAGACAGGAUGAUGAUGAUGGUGGUUGUGAAUAUGGGUUUAUUGGCAUAGCAUCAAGAAAGGACUCUCAGUAUUUUUCAUUAGGAAGUAAUGCUGAUCUAGCAGCUAUCAAGGAUGUUGACGGGUUUCAGAUUUCACCUGAAUGUUUAUCCAUGUUGUAUAAGAGAUUUUUAGAAGAGAAUCGUGGUGCUAAGUUUUCAAACAGCGAUAAUGCUCAGAAGUUUCAAUGGUCAGGACUUAAUCUCCAGGAUUGUAGGGAGUGGUGGGAUGGGAAGUCAGAGCUGAGCAAAAAGCUUCUGCUCAUGAAUUUACUAGAGAAGGAUGUUGGAAUGGAUGCCAUGCCACCCUCAUUUGUUACUGGUCAAUUGAAAUAUAAAAGGAGGCAAGAGAAGAUCAAUGCUGCUAAGAUGAGGAUAAAAAGAAUUGCGCAGCCUUCAGAGGAUGGUCUGGGUGAUAUUUUGAAUCCUGACCUUUUAGAUGAUUCUUAUCCUGAGAGAAGAAGGAAGAAGAGAAGAGGAACUGUAGUUGACGAUAUUGAUUGGGAAGACUUGAUUAUUGAGACCCUUAUUCUUCAUCAAGUAAAGGAGGAGGACAUUGAGAAGGGGCAUUACAAUACCUUACUGGAUCUAUAUGUGUUUAACUCUGGCAUUGUCUAAGCGAGGUUUACCAUAAACAAGCAUUACAUGAGAAGUUUCAUUUUGUUUUGCAUAGAUAUCUUUUGACAGACAACCAUCAGCUUGAUAUUUUCUUGCUGCAAGUUUUGUACUAGGAUUAUUAAGAAUGGCAGGUACAUUUGUUUUGGUUUGCCACUCUACAAAUUCAAGUGCCUUAAUGUAUAUUCGGUACCGUAUAGGGUAUAAUUUGCUAUCAAGAGAUUUUGGUUCUAUACUGUUAAA